CGUGGGGAAAAGGCGGGGGGGGGAAGGGGGGUGGUGUCCCCGGCCGGUUUAGGGGGUUCGUUGCCCGGAGACGGAAAGUUUGGGAACCCGAGCGGGCUUGGCUGCAGCCCCGGGCCCGGGUCUAGGGGGCAGCGGCCCUGGGAAUGGGGAAGGAGCAGGAGCUGCUAGAGGCGGCCCGCACCGGCCACCUCCCGGCUGUGGAGAAGCUGCUGUCCGGGAAGCGGCUCUCCUCGGGCUUCGGGGGCGGCGGCGGCGGUGGUGGUGGCGGCGGCGGCAGCAGUGGCUCCGGGGGCAGCGGCGGCGGCCUCGGCUCCUCGAGCCACCCGCUCUCCAGUCUGCUCAGUAUCUGGAGAGGGCCAAAUGUGAACUGUGUUGACAGCACUGGAUAUACCCCCCUGCACCAUGCCGCUUUGAAUGGCCACAAGGAUGUGGUCGAAGUUCUUCUGAGGAAUGAUGCUCUGACCAAUGUGGCUGACUGUAAAGGCUGUUACCCUCUGCACUUGGCAGCCUGGAAAGGAGAUGCCCAGAUAGUGCGGUUGCUCAUCCAUCAAGGGCCCUCCCACACCAGAGUCAAUGAACAGAAUAAUGACAACGAGACAGCCCUGCAUUGCGCUGCACAGUAUGGCCACACAGAGGUGGUGAAGGUUCUCUUAGAGGAGCUAACAGACCCCACCAUGCGCAACAACAAAUUCGAGACGCCUCUGGACCUGGCUGCACUCUACGGGAGACUGGAGGUGGUGAAGAUGCUCCUCAAUGCGCACCCCAACCUCUUGAGCUGCAACACUAAGAAGCACACUCCUCUGCAUUUGGCAGCGAGGAAUGGCCACAAAGCCGUGGUCCAGGUCCUCCUGGAUGCUGGCAUGGAUAGCAACUACCAGACGGAGAAGGGCAGUGCUUUGCAUGAGGCUGCUUUGUUUGGCAAGACCGAUGUGGUGCAAAUCCUGCUGGCUGCAGGAAUUGAUGUCAAUAUCAAAGAUAACCGUGGACUGACUGCCCUAGACACCGUCCGGGAACUGCCCUCUCAGAAAAGCCAACAGAUAGCAGCACUUAUUGAAGAUCAUAUGACUGGAAAAAGAAGUAUAAAAGAGGUAGAUAAAACCCCCACAUUCCAACUACCUCUCAUCUCCAGUUUGGACACCAUAUCACAGAAGUCUCAGGGUAACGUGGACAAAGCAGUGACUGAACUGAUCAUUGAUUUUGAGACAACCACUGAAGAAGAGGGUCCGUACGAGGCUCUGUACAAUGCUGUCUCCUGCCAUUCAUUGGACAGCAUGGCCAGUGGGCGGUCUUCUGAUCGAGACUCCAUGAACAAGGAGGCUGAGACAGCCAGUGUGAAAGCUGCAGGAGUGAGGCCUAGAGAACGUCCACCGCCUCCAGCAAAGCCACCACCUGAUGAAGAGGAAGAUGAUCGUGGGGAUAAGAAGUAUUUUCCCUUGACCACUUCUGAGGUUCUGGCCUUGAGACCCAGGAGCCAAGGCAGUGCGGCCCGGGAAGACGAUGAGCAUCCUUAUGAACUGUUGUUAACAGCAGAAACGAAGAAGUUGGUGUCAGCGGAUGGAAGACCAAAAGACCACAGGCGGAGCAGCAGCAGCCGGAGCCAGGACUCUGCGGAGGGGCAGGACGGGCAGGUCCCAGAGCAGUUCUCAGGUCUCCUCCACGGCUCCUCCCCGGUGUGCGAGGUUGGGCAAGACCCUUUCCAGCUGCUCUCUGCUACUGGCCAAGGCGAUCCAGAAGAGUCUCCGCAGCAGGGUGCCUGCCACGAGGUCAGCAUGCAGCUGGAGGAGAAGGGUGGACACACUCCAGGAGCCUCCCAGCCCAGUGCCCUGAGCCAGAGCAAGAGAGUGGGCUACCCUUCAGGCCUGCCCACCACCAACAGCCAAUCGCACCCCGAAACUUUGACUCGUAUACUAUCUCUACACCCUGGUGGCACUGAAGAAGAAGGAGACCGGAUUGGGGCCAGGAGCCGAGCCCCUCCCACCAGCAGACCCAAAGCUGAACUUAAACUCAGCCGUAGCUUGUCCAAGUCAGACUCUGAUCUUCUGACCUGCUCACCCACAGAGGAUACUACAAUGGGGAGCCGAAGUGAGUCCUUGUCCAACUGCAGCAUUGGGAAGAAGAGGCUAGAAAAGUCACCCUCCUUUGCCUCGGAAUGGGAUGAGAUUGAGAAAAUCAUGAGUUCUAUCGGAGAAGGGAUUGACUUUUCUCAGGAACAGCAGAAGUUUUCAGGUUCCAGGACGCUGGAGCAGAGCGUUGGGGAGUGGCUGGAGUCGAUUGGACUGCAGCAGUAUGAGAGCAAGUUGCUUCUGAAUGGCUUUGACGAUGUCCGCUUCCUGGGGCCAAAUGUGAUGGAAGAGCAGGACCUGCGGGAGAUCGGCAUCACCGACCCCCAGCACCGGCGGAAGCUACUCCAGGCCGCCCGGUCCCUGCCCAAGGUAAAGGCGCUGGGCUAUGAUGGUAACAGCCCCCCAUCCAUGCCUUCCUGGCUAGACUCCCUGGGCCUGCAGGACUACAUCCAUUCUUUCCUGUCAAGUGGCUACAGCUCAAUCGAUACUGUGAAGAACUUGUGGGAACUCGAGCUUGUCAAUGUCCUAAAGGUCCACCUGCUCGGCCAUCGGAAGCGCAUCAUCGCCUCCCUCGCAGACAGACCCUAUGAAGAGCCCCCACAGAAGCCCCCAAGGUUUUCCCAGCUCAAAUGCCAGGAUUUGCUUUCCCAGACGUCGUCCCCCCUGAGCCAGAAUGAUUCUUGCACUGGCCGGUCAGCGGACCUGCUGCUCCCCCCAGGGGACACAGGCAGGAGACGGCAUGACAGCCUCCACGACCCGCUGGUACACUCGCGAGCGGAGCGCUUCAGAAUCCAGGAGGAACACCAGGAGGCCAAGUUGACCCUCCGUCCCCCCAGCCUGGCCGCACCAUAUGCCCCUGUGCAAAGUUGGCAUCACCAACCAGAGAAACUCAUCUUCGAGUCCUGUGGUUAUGAAGCCAAUUAUCUGGGCUCCAUGCUGAUCAAAGAUCUUCGAGGGACAGAAUCCACACAAGAUGCCUGUGCCAAGAUGCGGAAAUCUACCGAGCACAUGAAGAAGAUCCCCACCAUCGUCUUAUCCAUCACGUAUAAAGGUGUCAAGUUCAUCGAUGCCUCUAACAAGAAUGUCAUCGCGGAGCACGAGAUCCGGAACAUUUCCUGUGCCGCCCAGGACCCAGAGGACCUCUGUACCUUUGCCUACAUUACCAAGGACCUGCAGACCAGUCACCACUACUGCCAUGUUUUCAGCACAGUGGAUGUGAACCUGACGUACGAGAUCAUCCUGACACUGGGUCAGGCAUUCGAGGUGGCCUAUCAGCUGGCCUUGCAGGCCCAGAAGUCCAGGCCGAUGGGAGCCACCGCCACUGAUAUGAUUGAAACGAAAUCUUCAAAACCGGUGCCUAAGCCUCGAGCUGGCAUGAGGAAGUCAGCACUGGAACCACCUGAUGCGGACCAAGAUGCCCAGUCUCACGCCAGUGUCUCCUGGGUGGUGGACCCAAAACCAGACUCUAAGCGGAGCCUCAGCACCAACUGAGCCACUGAGGAACCACACUGUGCCACGGAAACCUAGCUGUAGGGGCACAGGCUCCACCGCCGCCACCACCACCGUCUCCCUGCAGCUUUGAAGACCCAGGCCCAUGCUCCGCCUGCAGCAUCUCCUCAGCCGCGGGCCUGUGCCUGUGCCACCA